GCAGGCGGGGCGGGGCGUCGCCAUGGCGGCCGAGGGCCGAGGCGGCCAGCCGGCAGCGCCGACAGGGACCGGGAUGCAGCGCUGAGGCUGGAGGAUGAUCUCGCGAUACACACGGAAGCCGGUGGCCCCCGACGCCCAGGGGAUCCGAGGACUUACAAAAAGUUCUUUAGAACAUCAUCCCCUGCCAGACUCACUGGAUGACAGUUAUCCAUCUACUGAAAGUCAGGAAGACAUUUCAAGUGAGUCUGAAAGUACAAAAGAUUCAAACUACCAAUCUGUCACUUCAGUAGACGAUGGAAACUCAUGGUCAGCUAGUCAGAGCUUCACAGGCACCUCUACAGAAGACAGCUCAGUCUUUUCUUGGGGCUAUGAUGAAUUUGAUAAAGCUGCCACGCGGCAAGUACAGCAGAUAUUCAGAUAUAUUGAUGAGCUCCUGUAUGAACAAAAAACAAGCAUGUAUGUUGAAGGCCUAGAGGAGGAGUGCCAACAAUGGAUGUCAAGCUUUCCCCAUCUCAGGAUUGUAGGGAAACAAGUAGUGAUUCCCACAGACGAAGGUUACGGGUGGUACUCUAGUUCAACUUGCAACACCUUAGGUUCAUCAGAUAUGACCCCAACACUAGAGAAAUAUCCGAGUGAGUUUAGUAUUUUGGGCAAAAAGGUUCCUCUUUCUGUUACUCCUAUAUGUAAAGAAGACAACAUUUCCAAACCACCUGAAUUGUUUUUAUUGGAGAGUGAAGCAGGAGACGGUGGUGUGAUUGUCUCUGAAGGUGUAAUGGAGGAAUAUUUAGCAUUCGAUCGCAGAGAUGUGGAAGAAGAGUUGCAUGAUUGGAAAAUGGGUCUUUCACCUGACAGACGGAAAUUAGGUUUCCCUCCUAUUUCGCCAUCCUACUGCAUGAGAGAUGCUGUCCUUUCCUAUGUGUUUGAUGAUGUCUGGAGUGAAGUCUUGGGUCAUAUGGAGCAAUUAAUCUGUAGACACUGGGAAGGCUCAGUCUCAGACGAUGAGAAGAAUGUCAUAACUGUUGAAACAAACCGGACAGAUUCAGGAAGCCCUUUUAUGCAGUUUGAGCCUUUGCCACUGUUAUUACCUCGAAUGCCACAAACUAAGAUGCCCUCCAUCCCUUCAAAUCCGUACUCAAAACACCGAUGUGGCCGCAAAAGUAAAAAGAAGAGGAAAACACUGGAAGCAAAUCCCUCACAAGGAACGAGUGGUGGUCCACAACGUAAUUUGAAUGGUUUGAUGGUUAUUCAAGGGAUCCCCUUACACCAAAGGAACUUGCCUCUGAUGGAUAAAAUAUUAGACAUGGAUGACAGAUUGCUUAUGAGGCCAGGCUCCACUUCUAUCCUGUCAACCAGAGCUCGGCCAAAUCGCCCACUUGAGCUCAGUACAUCUUCUCUGUCCUAUUCUGCACAGUCUGCUAGAAGACGCAACCCUCCACCACGUACUCUGCACCCCAUCAACACGAGCCAUUCUCGCUCGGGAACACCGAGACCCAUGGAGGAUGUCAUCAGGGGAACACGGCUGUCCACUGCAAAUGAACAACUGUCAUCACCUUCCCCAAUGCCACUGAGCAGAAAUAACCUCCUUCCUCCAAUUAGUACAGUAGAUAUAGUAGAUCAUUUGGGAUCUCAAAAGCAAAUGAAAUCUCGGGGGAAUGCUAGCCGGGCUCGCAGUGCAAUAGCAGAUGAAAUUAACCAUCAACCAGUGCAUGAGAGAUUUUUAUUACCUGACAGUUUCUCCAGGCCCAACACAUCACAUGCAUUUUGGCCAGACUCACAGUAUCGUCGCUCUUGCACUGUUAUUGAUUAUGCUAAUCAACCACGAAAUAGUAAAGGAUCUGCUGGCACAGGCUCUUGGUAAUUUUCUGAAUGAGGACGAGGAGGACAAAGAAGACCAACCUCCGCUGGGUAAGAAGUAAGAGGAACCGAUGCCCUAUAUUUGGUUGCAAAUCAUAAAAUACAUCACAUUCUCUUUGAUGUUGUUGGCCAUUUUGUCAAACAUGUAAUUUUGAACCUGGAAUAGUGUAUUUAGGUUAUAUUCCUGUCGUUUCUACUGUUGAGCAUACAAAGCAGGGUUCCAGCUGUGUUUAUUCUUUCAGUCUAACCGAGUACCCAUGGCACACGCCCUCAUACAUGACAGCCACAGAAGUCUUCCAAGUUCACACUUCUUCAGCCCUGCAAAUAUGAAUUCCACAUUCCAAAUGUGUAUUAAUAGACAGUGCCUUUUAGUUUGAUAGCGGUAGCUUCGAGUUAAGACUGAAAUUGAUAUAGGGCGGCCUUGUCUUUUCAAAUACUUGUAUGGAAAGAAGAUGAAGCUUCUUCGAUCACACCCAGUGUGAAGGAGCUGUGCUUGCUGUUUUAAAGACACAGAAGUCUUGCUCUGUAUUUUAAUCCAGCAGUAUGAACCAAAUUUAGGACAGAGCAUUGUUAAUUUCCUUUUCCAAUUGAGGUCUAGUACCUCCAUUGCAGGAGCAGGGGGGUUGCUGUUCUCAUGGUGACUUUAUGCCUUUUGGAUAAUGUUUUGAUUAUGUGGGAUGGACUGAUGAUGUGGCUAUUCCCUGUGCCAGGCUCUCCAUACUGCUGAAGGAUGUAAUUACUGUCAAUGGUCCCUCUCAUCACAAUGUUGUAAAAAGGAAGCCACAUGAGAACUCCUGAAAAGCAACUAUACCUUUGUAUAAAGUGGGCCUGAGAGUAAACUCAAAUGGCACAGUCUUUUCACAUGCCUAGGGCAUCUUAGAAUGCAUCCCAGUCAAAAUUUGUUUGGAAAUGUAUGUGUCAUUGAGGACCCCAUAUAGAUUAUGAUAUACACUGGCACGAGAGGAUCACACCGCAAGAGCAUGUGCUGUUCUGAAUCAUCAACAGGUUUAUUGUGGCAUGAACACUUGUAGGCAUAAUUUUAGGUUGUAUCCAGUGAUGUGCCAGCAUGGUGCCACUUGUACAGUGGGACUUACAUUUCCUCUCCUUCCCCGGCAUGCCCCCCCCCAAAUCUCCCCAGGAGGGUCUCCCAACCCUCUGGAACUGAUUUUGAUUGUGCAUGGGGAGCUGGAGGGGACAGAAGAGGAAGUUCUGUUCUGCACAUGAAGUCCCAUGCACUAGCAGAGCUGCAGUGCUGGAUACAGCCCUUUACUGCAUGCAUGAUGUUUGCUUUGAGUACAGUUGCUUUCACAGCUUUUAUCUGGUUUUUGCUCAGUAGGUCUUCAGUUACAUGGCUCUGUGAGAACUCACAGCCGAGGUGGAUCGAGAAGCAGACAGGGACUAUAAUGUUGUGGCAAUAAACCAUCCAUUUCCAAGAUGUGGGAAUGACUAUAGAAGCUUUUACAAUCAGUAUUCAACUGUAGCAAUAUCAAACCUGUUUACAGAAGAGGUCUUAAAACUUUCUUUACAAAACGUCUUAUUUUUGUAUUGACUUAAAACAAAUGCCAAAGACUACAAGGUUCUAUCUUAUUUUUGUUCCUGUAAAUCAGCUAUGGUAUUCUGUUGGGUACUGAAAGCAUGUGUUCAGGAAAUCUGCUAACCUCUAGUAUUGUUAAUACAAUCUAUUGCAAAGAAUUGGAUUCCUCUAGCAGUGAUAAUGUUGUAACACCAAUUGACUAGCCAGUUAUUGGCACUUGAUGGCAAUAUAUUUAGUAAAAUUAAACAAGUGUGCUUGGGCACACUUUCAGUAUUUUGUCUUAACUGUAUAAAAUGUUCUGAGUGCCAGUUGUUUGCAUACUUAGAAAAAGCUGCAUGUGAUGAUGUCUGAAAGGUGGCCAAGAUUAAAACUUGGGAGUGCAACAAUUUUGUGUAUUACCAACUAUACUUUCAGUACUUACUUUCCCUUGUUUUAAAUGAAGCAAUAUGUUUGGUACACACAUAAUGUACAGCAGAACGAUUCAGUUUUAAUGUUCUCUCAUUGGGGAGAGAACAUUUUGUUAACAUGGAAAUAUUUAGAAAAAGCAUUGCCUACAUUGAAUGUUGCAUUUAAUGUCUGCUGUAAUUUUAAUGUAACAUAAAAAAAUAGUUCUAGGUCUUACUAGACAAAGUAAGUGCCAGAUGACAAUUGUAUGAAGUUAUGUAAAUUAAAGAUAGCUUUGCAUUAUAUUCUAGAUACCAUGUAAAAGUUGUAAAAAAAAAAACUGGUGGGAACAGAUUCUUAUUAAAUUGUAAUAUGGAAUAACUUUUAUAUACAAAUAAAAAAUAUUUUCUAAAAUGCAUUUGAAUUGUUAUUAAAUCCCAAUGGGUAGAUCUUGGCUUUAAGAAUGGUGCAGUCAAGAGUAACUGACCCAAGCAAGCUUCAUGGCACAGCAGGGAUUUUAACCUGGAUCUUCCCAGCAUUAGUCCAAUUCUAUCAUUAUAGCUUCUGGCUCUGACAAGUUUGUAUGGUCAUAUAGGCAUGAGUGGCACACUGUUGGCAAGACAUUUCAUACCCUUAGCACACACUGUUUUUUCACUCACUGCAUCAAUAUUGUCCUCUUGUUUUUUAAAGUCUGGGAGAUAUUCUCCACCAUUCAGGCUUCCCGUCCUGCACAGUUAGAAGGCAGGACCAGCUUGAUAAUUUGCUUCUACUCUUGGACGGACUCCCAGGCCACGCACCCCAGCAACUGUGAAGCAAGGUUUUAGAUAGCAUACUACAGAGCCCAAAAAACACCUAUGUUUACCAUUCCCCCACCCUGUCUGCCUCCUACCUUGCUUCUCCAACUGAUGCAU